AUGCAGCUAAAAGGGAGCAUGCACGAUGGGAAUCCCCUCAACUAUCGAUCCCUGUUAAUUCUUAUCACCUAUCUUUCUGUCUGUCUCGCCAUUACCACAUAUAUCUGCGUGUUGCUGGUCGGCCGAGCACAAUUCGCGAAAAAGUCAAAAUGGCCGAUUGAAUGGGGAAAGGUUGUCUUUUUUGGCUUACUGGCCAUUGCCAGUCUGUCUGCGACGUGGUAUUACAUGUUUGACUUCUUUGCCUACUCGUAUCAUGACUGGGCGUGUGGAAAGAAUCUCGAGCUGGAAGAGGCUACGCUGGAUACCCUCGAGAUGUGGCUGAGAGAGACGAAACUCUUCAAGGAGGCAUGGGGAAGUGUCGUGAAUACUCCUCACCGGUACUGGUGGAGUGGGCAGAUCUUCUUCUGGACGACUGCGUGGAGUCUGUUCAUCGGCGUCAUGGGCCGACGAUACCAAAUCCCCAACACCUGGGCGUAUAUGCUGCUCGGCCAGAUUGUCGCCAUCUCGUUCGCCCAGAACCUCUUCUUCCUGUCGAUCGUCCUCUCCAGGCCGUAUUUCGAUCUGCAGUCAACGAUGCAAACCCCGAACGUCUAUCUUGAACUCCUCCCGCUGCUCGUCUCGCUGGUCAGCUCUGCUAUUGUUCCAUACGUCGCGGACAGCAAGCAUUUCCUCUACACUCUCCUCAUCCCGCAUCUCCUCCUGUUUAUCCCCACAACCAUCCAAGCACACGGAAAGUUGAAGGGUCCCUUGAUCAGCCAGAGCGUGACGAAACGAUACAUCCGUAUCUUCUCGUGGAUAUUCGGAGCAGCUUCUCUCUUCCAAGUCUGGACUAUGUUUUAUGCACUCGCUAGUCCUUCGCCAGUUCCUCUCAGACGUGCCAGAGACACCUGUGCCUUUGAGCCUGCUCAAGAUACCCAGGCUGCCGAAGACGUUGGCCAGCGUCUCCUUGGAACUGUCUUCGAGCAUCCGGCUGUCAGUAGUGUGAGCUGGGAUGUUGUCUUCUGCACUGUUGGGUUCCUGUCCUGGGCUGCAGCACACCGAUUCUACGCAAAGGACAUGUUGGGCGGAAUUGUUGCGGGAUCAAAGGAGAAGAAGAGAGAAGAAUAG